AUGGUCGCUUUGCCGACAGACAGCCAAGCGGGCAAAGGGCCCUCCCGACCAAAACCCACCCCCGGACUUGGCGAGGAAAACGGCCAUGUAGAUGAGACCACGGCUCUCUUGAAACCUGGCACAGCUAUACGUGCUAGCGAUGAAAGCGACGACGAUGAUGAAAAACCUCUGCCCAGGUUCCAGAUCCUGCUGCUUUGCUAUGCCCGGACAAUCGAACCUUUGGCCUUCUUCUCCGUCUUUCCCUACGUAAGCCAGAUGGUCCAGGAGAAUGGUAAUGUUGCGGACUCGGAUAUCGGCUUUUACAGCGGGCUUAUCGAGUCGUUAUUCUCUCUAACGCAGGCUAUUGUCAUGAUAUUCUGGGGUCGCGCUGCCGACCGUCUCGGGCGGAAGCCCGUCCUUGUCUUCUCUUUGGUCGGCGUGACAAUAGCGACGGGCCUCUUCGGGGUGGCAAGAACCAUACCGCAAAUGAUCCUGUUCAGAUCUAUUGCUGGUAUAUUCGCCGGGACAAUCAUUACAAUUCGCACCAUGGUGGCCGAGCACAGCACGCCUAAGACCCAGGCCCGUGCGUUUAGCUGGUUCGCUUUCACUGGAAACUUGGGCAUCUUCCUAGGACCUCUGAUAGGCGGUGCCCUUGCUAACCCGGCAAUUCAAUACCCGGGCGCUUUUGGGGGGAUUCGUUUCUUCGAAAACUACCCCUACGCUCUCUCCAGCCUGGUGGUUGCCCUGGUCGGUGCCACCGCUGUGGUGUCUACUGCUUUGUUUGUUGAGGAGACUCUAAAGAAGAGCCUGACUUUUGACAGUGAUGAGGAAGAGGCGGGCUCUAAUGCUUCGACCCAGACCGAUCUUUCGACAUGGGAGCUUCUGAAAUCGCCAGGUGUGAGUAUAGUCAUCUAUACGUUUGGGCACAUCGCGGUCCUCGCCUUUGCAUUCACUGCUAUUGUGCCUGUCUUUUGGUUUACUCCUAUACACCUCGGUGGAUACGACUUCACGCCUCUACAAAUUUCGCUAAUGAUGGGUCUGAACGGUGCUGCUCAAGCCGCAUGGCUCCUCCUAGUGUUCCCUCCAUUACAGCGGAGAAUCGGUUCGAACGGUGUGAUACGCCUCUGUGCCUCUGCUUGGCCGGCGUUCUUCAUAGUAUUCCCUAUUGGCAAUGUCCUCCUGCGUCAGGGCACCGAUGCUUCUGUUAAUGCUUUCUGGAUCUUUGCGCCGGUAACACUGGUUAUAGGCUGUGGAGUCAGCAUGAGCUUCACGGCAAUCCAGCUCGCUCUCAAUGAUAUUGCGCCGUCGCCGAGGUUUCUGGGCACACUAAACGCGCUAGCCCUGACCGGUAGCAGCGGGUUGAGAGCCUUCUGUCCGGCCCUCUUCACCAGCCUCUUCGCACUUGGUGCGAGGACACAGCUGGCUGGAGGCUAUGCUAUCUGGAUAUUACUGGUUUUGAUUGCUUCUGGGUUGUCGCUUGCAGCGAAAUACCUGCCUGAGCCGAAGAAGGCCUGUAAACGCCAGAACAGUCACGAGAGGUGA